AUGGCGUCGUCUUCAUCAAUCAAGGUUGAAGGUCUCUUGGGUAUGGUUACCAUUCGUCUUGGUGAUGAAAACUUUCUUAAGUGGAGUUUUCAAAUUGAAUCUCUGCUCCAAGGCUAUGAUCUCUUUGGCCAUUUUGAUGGCUUGCUUGUUCCUCCCCCCAAAUUUGCGAUUCUUGAUGAAAUUGGCGUUACUUCAGAGGCAUUAGAAUAUGUCAUUGGCAGCAAGACCACUCGUAAGGCAUGGCUUCAACUUUCUGACUGCUAUGCUACUGUAUCACGAGCUCGGAUUAAUCAUCUCAAAAUUGAGCUGCAGACUGCUCAGAAAGGUGCCGACUCCAUUGAGCGGUUUCUUCUUCUGCUUAAACACAUUCGUGAUAAGUUGGCUUCUGCUGGGGUGCCAAUUUCAUAUGAUGAUUUUAUGAUCACCGUAUUAAAUGGGUUGCCUUCGGAGUAUGACAUUAUCAAGACACAUCCUGGUUCUUCUUCUACUGGUAUGGGUUUACUUCCCACUCCGUUUGUUGCCUAUAUGGGUUCUCAUGAUGCUUCUGGUUUUCAUAAUAGAGUCUCUGGUUCUCAAUCUUUCUCUGGCAAUGGUCGUGGUUUUUCUUCUGGUAAUGGUAAAGGUUUUGCCUAUGGACAUGGUCGGUUUUCACAAACUCAGUACCUAAGUUCCAAUUUUCAUGGCGGGUUUUCUGGUGCUCAAGCAAGAUUUGGGGACUCUUCUUCUAAAUUUUCUGUUGUUCCAGAAUGCCAGAUUUGUGGCAAACGUGGCCAUACUGCCGUGAAUUGUUAUCAUCCUCAUGGUGAUGACAGUUCUAAGAUUUCUGGGUCAAUUAUUGCUUACCAAAUUGGUGCUUUGGAUUGCUUUCAUCGCUCAAAUUAUGUCUAUCAAGGUCAAGCUCCUCCAUCCACUAUCUCUGCUAUGGCAGCUCACAGUUCUUAUAUGCCUACACAUGCUUAUGCUCCAAUGACAACUCCUUCGAGACAAGAGACGGCAUAUCAUGUUUGGAUUGCAGAUAGUGGAGCUUCCCAUCAUAUGGUUGCUGAUGUCUCUACUCUACAUGAUGUUACCUCCUGUGAUUCCACUGAUCAAGUGACCGUGGGGAAUGGUGAAGGUCUGAAUAUAACAAAUAUUGGCACUACUGCUUUGUCUUGUGCUUCUAUUUCUCUUAAAAUGCCUUCUGUUUUUCAUGUUCCCAAGCUCUCUGCAAAUCUUUUAUCUGUGAACCAGUUAUGCAAAGAUAAUCAUUGUAUCAUAAGCUUUGAUUCUGCUGGUUUCUGUAUACAGGACAAGACAACAAAGGCAAUUCUUAUAAAGGGCUCUAGCCAUAAUGGCUUAUAUCCCAUUCCUUGUAAAGUUCCAUCUGCCCGGUUCUAG